AUGUCCUGCUGGUGUCACAUCGCACCGGUCACGGCGCGCCGGUCGCACAGACUUCUCAAGAAUGGCCGAGCCCACGGGGCCGAGCAUAAUAAUCUGCGGGUCAUGCUGUGCGAGAAAGAAUGCCGUCCGCCCAUCCACCGCGACAUUGUCGCGGCACGCAACAUGCCGACUGUGGGCUUACAAGUCGCCGCGUUCCAACAACACCCCUUCAGGUACCCCAAGGCCGGGAAGGACGAGGACAAGCAGGACGAGAAGGGGCAGCAAGGCAGCAAGGCCACGGCCAAGGCCAAAGGGAGCAAGCCCGGAGGAAAGGGCAGGGACAAGGAGCGCGAAGAGGAAGCGAGGGAAGGGGGAGUUGGAGAAGCCUGA